AUGGGCAACUUCACCAUCGUCAACGGCCAAGUCUACACUCCGGGCUUGGCCAUCAUCGACGCCCCACAACCAAACACGCCGCUCGGAGGAGACAACCUUCAGGUCGCCAUCGAUGUGUCGGGAAAUGGCAAGCUCCCCUGGCCGCCUUCCACCCAAUCCGCAGACUCGGCGACGCUCUUCCACAACAUCACUCUCUUCUUGACCUCCGAGACCUUGUCGCACAAUUUCACCAUCUCCAAUGGCACUGAGCCAAAGAAUAACGGCACUGGCUAUGUCGGGCCCGUGUUGGACUUGGAACCCUCGUCCACGGUGAAGCACGUCAACUGGGUGUGGCCCAAGUGCCUCGUGGGCGACGGCACGAGCAGCGAAGGAUCAGCCCGAGGCGCGUACAACAUUUCCAUGCACCAGUCCUUUCGCUGGAAUGGCACAGAUUAUUAUACGGUCUUUGAUUUGCCCAUCUCCGUGACGAAUAGCAUAUCGGAGAGCGCCGAUCGGGUGGACUGCGACUCGCUGGAGAACAAAGUCCUUAGCGAGGCAGAGGAUGAGAAGAGCUCCGACACGCUGCCAGGACAACCCUGGGUUCAGAACGGUACGAGCACUGAGACCAGCUCUGGAUCGAGCGCAUCGUCAACCAAGACAAGUGCAGGAGUGGUCGUGACAAAGGAGAAGAAGACGGCGAUGCUCCUUGCGACCGUCGGGAUCGUUGUCAGCGCGUUUCUCCACGCGCUGUGA